CGGUGCGCUCUCACAGCCGUUUACAUUUCAUUUAUUUCCCAUAUAAAAGCACCGCUGCUUCGUGUUUUCGUUGCGUUUUACAAAAAUCUCGAAGAAAAUAUGACAAAAAAACAUCGGACAAAUCGCCGGGUAGAAAAAUCACGGUUUCCAGUGAAAAACUACUGAUAUUCUGUCAGAUUUACGCGAUAUAUGUAUAUAUUCAUUCUAAACGGGAGUGAAAUCGCCGAAAAAACCAAAAAACGAAAAACGCCAAGCGGAGUAAAUACAAGAUGACUUCUGCUGCAGCUGCCUAAACAAUGCAACAAUGUGACGGGCGGCAGCAGCAGCAGCAACUGUGCCAGGAGCAACAUCAGCGGGAAAUCCAGCGGCAGCUAGGGGAAAAAAUAGUCCAAACAUAAUAUUACAAUAAGUAACGAAUAUUUAACCGACGGCACUGGCAACAGAUCAGUGGGCAGCUAAUAACAGUUUAUAAACGAUAUUAAUUAAAAGAAUUUUUGAAUUAAUCUUGCAUUGGCAAGGACAACAACCAUUGGAAAACUGUCUAGUCGCGACACGAACCACAAAGCACAAACAUUUCAAAAAGGGCAGCAGCAAUAUCCAAAUCACCCACAAACAUUAAGGCAACUUCAAGAUUUAUAAAUUAAAAAAGGAAAUCUCCAAACUUUUUUAGCAAAACACUGGAAAAUAAGAGUUUUUGGCCUAAGCGGAGGCAAGAGCCCUGGGGCUUAGUCAGCGGAUACACCAACCCAUUGGGCUUCUGGCAAUUGACGAGGUGGUGUUCCCAAGGAAUAGCUCAAAGAUCAGGCUGAGGAGAGCGACUGAGACUGAAACGAAGGUAGCGAACGGAGGAGCAGGACGAGCAGAACAAGCAGGAUCAUCAGGACCAGCGGAAUGCCCAGCACGGCGGGCAGUGCAGCGGGCGUUGGGAUGGGCGCUCUGAUCAAUAGUGCCGGCAGCAGCGCCAGCAGCGUCAUGGGCAUCGGUCUGGGCGGAGCAGCUGCACCAGGAGCUCCUGGCUCCGCCUCCGGAUCUGGGGCAGAGGCCUCCGCUGGCACUUUGAUAGCCCAGAGCACGGCGGGAACGAGCGCCGCCAGCAGCGGUACGAUCACCUGGGACAACAACGGAACCCUGCGAUCGAUCAAUCCCGGCGACUGGUCCAUCGAACAGUGCCUCGGAUGGCAGCAGCCACAUCACCUGUACUUUCAGCUCGGCUGGGCCUUCCUCUUCCUGGCCUUCCUGGCCCCCCACGGCCCCUACGGCUCGCUGUGGAUGCGGGCCAUGCUGCUCAUUGGCUGCCUGAUGAUGGGCAUGCACGGCUAUCUGGUGGCCUGCACGCCGGACGUGGUCCUAUGGUCCGGCAUGGGACUGUUUGUCAACUUCGUCUAUCUCGUCGUGGUGCUGUGCCGCCUGAGACCCGUGAGAUUCGAGCAGGAAAUCGAGGCGGUUUACCUGGCACUUUUCCAGCCCCUGCACGUGACUCGCCAUCAGUUCAAGAAGGUGCUCAACUGCAUGAAGGUGAUACGUGCCCUGAAAUACCAGGAGGUCUAUGCCCAGGAGAAGGUUACCAAGGUCGACAGCCUGUCGCUGGUGCUGAGUGGCAAAUUAGUGGUGUCGCAGCAUCAGCGAGCCCUGCACAUUGUGUUUCCCCAUCAGUUCCUAGACUCGCCGGAAUGGUUUGGCGUCUCGACCGAUGACUACUUUCAGGUCUCCAUCAUGGCCAUGGAGGAGUCGCGGGUGCUGAUCUGGCAUCGCGACAAGCUCAAACUGUCAAUUAUGGCCGAGCCCUUCUUGCAGACCGUCUUCGAUCACAUUCUCGGCCGGGAUGUGGUCAAGAAGCUGAUGCAGGUCACCCAGGUGAGCGAAUCGAUAGCCAGCAAUGGCUUCCUGCCCUCGGGUGGCUAUGCGGAGGAUGCGGAGGACAAGCCCAUGUUGAUACUAAAGAAGAGUGUGGAUGUGGGCCACGGACUGACGGCCCUGAUCAACCGGCAGCUACAGGAGCAUGUUCCUUUACUUGGUCGCACGUACAAACAACAACAACAACUACUGCAACAACUAGAACAACAACAACCCGUACAAGAAGCAACAACAAGCGCCAACAACAUCGUGCAAAGUGCAAUCUGAAAUUAUGCAAUCGCCCCCGCUGCUGCUGCUGUCCAACUUGCCACGAACAGAAAUCAGAGCACUCCUCCGUCCCUCCACCUUUGACCUGCACAACAAUAUGAACAACAACAACAACACCACCACCACCCACACAAGCAAACAAUCAUCAGUCAUCAGUCAGCCAUCAAUCACAUGCAGCAGCUACGACAACCACAACAGCAACAGCAACAUCACGAUCAUCAGAAAAGAUAUGCCGAAGAAAUCUGGAAUCUAUCCAUCUAAAUCCGCAUCUUGAAUCCCAUCAUACAUAUAUAAUCAUCUCAUACCUAGCAUAGCAACUAGCACUAGCUAAACAAACAUCUAACGCAUCUAAUCGUUCUAAUAGAAAACUUUGUAUCACCCCACGAAGCCCAGCAAACAGUCAGACACUUGAGUUUUUGUGUAAGCCUUAAGUCUUGGGAAACAUAAACUUUGCAACCCAGCGGAAAUGUUCUGAAAAUCAGUGUUGCCAGGUCAAGGACCAUUGACAACCCAAAAAAAACCUAAUUAAAAGUCCCUUAUUUCAACUAAUAUUGAGCUACUAAAAAUAUUUUAUAACAAAACCAAAUAUUGAAGGAGAACCCUAGUAACGUGUUAGCAUUGUAAUAACCAACAAAUUUCUGUUCGCUUUGUAAUUCUACCUGGCAACCCUAAACAACUUUAUAAACCCAUAUUUCUCUGCUAAUUAAAAAUAGUUUGUGUCCCACAAAAAAAUAUACAAGUGAAAAAAAUAGUAGAAAUCAUGGCAACACUGUUCAUUAUCCUUAGCAAAAACUAUCGCUAGCUGUAGUCAAACCAGUUGUACAAAUUGUAAUUUAUUUUGACUGAUCAUGGUUGGAUGUUGAGUUGUAGUCAGACAAGAGACUUGAUUGCUCAUAAAUUAGUUUCAUUUUGAGUGGGCUUUUGAAUUGAACACGAUCAGACAGCCAACCAAGGCUUAGACCUUAAAUUAAUUGAUUGUGGUUUUGAUUUGGAUUGAAAAUAGUAUUAUAUGAUAUAUCAUACAGAUUAUUUUUAUAAAAAUGAUUAAAGUUGAAACGGAAUAGGUUUGGUUAUAUUAUAAAAGGACAAUUUAUGGAUCUAUUGAUCAUAAAAAUCUGCAAUACUGUCAUUUAUUGUUAUUAACUAUUAUUAUUUAAUCACAAAUUUGUAAUAAAAAAAACUUCAAAUUUACAAGUUCUUUGACACGAUUGCGAUCGUAAUGAAUAACAGGCAAACUGGUUCGAUCAACAGUACUUCAGUUUCAAUUACCGAUUCAAGAUCUCACGAUCGAUCGGUCUAGCGACAGGUGAUAAAUGAACUUUUCCGCUGGCCCAAAAGUUUUCAUCGCUUUAUUUGAUUAAAUUGAUUUGAUACCGCUUGGCAUUUAAUGGAAAUUUACUGUGCUGGCACAUCCAUCAAGUCUCUAUAUGUUCCAUUAACACAUUAUUAUUUUUUUGUACUCCUAUAUGCAUACGUUAUUUUUUUCGUUGAUUGAUUUGCAUACAAAUUGAGCUUAAAGAAAGCGUGAAAACUAAUUAGAAUUAAUACCGAAUAAUAUUUGAUAAUGUUAAGCAAUACAUAGUCUAAGUUGUUGUACAUACGCUACAAAAUAUAUAUAUAUUUGCUGUACAUAACCCCGAAUUGCCCGUAAAUCCGAGAACCCCCUAAUCCAAGACUCCCCAAGAAAGUGUAAUAAACGAAAAGGAAUCAAUGUGAAUGUAAACAAGCCAAAAACGAAAGCUAAUAAAAAAACAUUAUAAUAUCAA